GAGCCAGGCAGCGGGCGGAGCCUCCCCUCCCUCACGCGCUCUCCUUCUUCUUCUUCUUCUUCCCCACCCACUUUCGUCCCUCAGCGGGCUGACGUGGCCCGGGCCCGGCUCCGACAUGGCGGACGGGAGCAGGCAGAGCAAGCUGGCGGCGGCCAAGAAGAAGCUGAAAGAAUAUCAGCAGAAGAAUAGCCCUGGAACAACAGCUGGAGCCAAGAAGAAACGCAAAGGUAAAGAAGGAAGUAGGCCGGAGACACCAAUUAAUGACGGCAGGGAGUCUCCUGAAAACAUUCAGAACAUUCUGAAGGUGCUGGUGUCAGACCUUAACCGCUCCAAUGGGGUAGCCAUACCUUCAUUGGACAAGAGGAAGGCAUACUGUGAUGGUGGUGUUUCCACUCAUAAUGCUGAACAACUUGCUGCUGGUGUCCCCACGUUGUCUAACAGCAACAGUGUGCCUAGCUCUGCCGCUCCAGGUCCUGCUAGCAUGCACCUGCCACAGACCUGUGACUCUGAUAUUCAUACAACUGCCUUGGAAGAAAAUAGGUCUCUCUCUUUGACAGAAAGUCUCCGCCAGCUUUCUGAGCAGCUUAAUGGCAUGGUCAAUCAGCCUACACCCUAUGUGAAUGGGGAAAGUUCCACGUCUUCCACUGAUAUGAGAGAGAUGGCGACACGUUACCAGGAGCUGGCAGUAGCCCUAGACUCCAGUAAUCUAACAAACAAACAACUCAGUACAAAGAUAGAGGAACUGAAACAGCAGAAUCAAGAGGCCAUGAAUCAGCUGGAGAAGGAAAAGAAGGGGUUUGAACAGAAAUUUGCAAAGGAGCAAGCAGCAUUGCGAGAACAGUUACAGGUCCACAUCCAGACUAUAGGAAUAUUGGUUUCAGAAAAGUCUGAAUUGCAGACUGCCCUUGCACAUACGCAGCAGGCCGCUCGGCAGAAAGCAGGAGAAGUUGAGGACCUUGCUUCUCGGUUGCAGUCCUCUCGCCAGAGGAUAUCUGAGCUGGAGCACACUCUUUCCUCCAUCUCUACCCAACAGAAGCAGUCAGAGAAACAUAAUAAAGAACUGGCAAAAGAACGAGACAGCCUGAAACUGGAAGUCUACAAACAGAGCAAAAGCAGUGAAGAACUAAAGCAGCAGAACUCCGAACUGUCAGAGAAGCUGCGUGCGCUGAUUUCAGAGAACUCGUCCAUGAAGUUGGAUGUGGAAGAUCUGCAUAAAAAACUGGAAAUGGCAGAGCUGAUGAUUCAGCAGUUUGCUAGUCAACCUGGGAUCCCAGAUGCCACCCAACAGCUACAAAUGGCGCUGGAGGAGAGAGCAAACUUAGAAACACAAAUUGGCCAGCUGACAGAGUCACUCCAGCAACUCCAGGCUGAGCGGGAUCAGUAUGUCCACAAGCUGAAGGAGGAAGGGGGGAUCUGGCAGCAAAGGGUACAACUGUUGUCUGAGCAGGUCCAGACUAUGACAGAAGAGAAAGACCUGAAUGUAACUCGCAUCCAGGAGCUGGAAGCUAAUUUGUCUGAGCUGCUCAACAGUCAGUUGGCUCCUAAGCCCCAGGAGAGUGAGCCUGCCCCCCCUGUGGGGCCCACAGAAGCGGAGCUGCGCUUGCAGGAAGAGGUCAGCCAGCUGCAGCAGGACAAAGAGGAGCUUCGUGAGCAGUGCCGAGCCCAGGUGCAGGACAACGAGCAGCUGAGCCACCUCAAUCGAGAGCAGGAAGAGCGGCUGCUGGAGCUGGAGAAGACGCUGCAGCGCUACAGCGAGGAGGCUGUGGACAGGCACCAGAUCCUGGAGAACAUGCAGAGCGACAAGGCAACCAUCAGCCGGGCCCUGACCCAGAACCGAGAGCUGAAGGAGCAGCUGGCUGAGCUGCAGAACGGGUUUGUCAAACUGACCAAUGAGAACAUGGAGGUGACUAGUGCCUUGCAGUCUGAACAGCACGUGAAGAAGGAGCUGGCUAAAAAGAUCGGGGAGCUACAAGAGAAGCUGGCGGAGUUCAAGGAGAUGGUGGAUCAAAAAACGGAAGAAACCCAGGCCCUCCAGGAGCAGCGGGAUCAGUACUACAGCCACCUCCAGCAGUACACAGCAGCAUACCAGCACCUAGCCAGUGAGAAGGAGGAGUUGCACAAACAGUAUCUUCUUCAGAUGCAGCUCAUGGACCGCUUGCAGCACGAGGAGGUCCAGGGCAAAGUGACAGCAGAGAUGCACUUCAAAGAGCUGCAGCAAGCCAAGGAAAGCCUGGAGAGAAUUGCCAAAGAAAACAGAGAGCUGCAGAGCCAUGUCAGCCAGCUCAUGGCAGAACUAGACGCAAAGAUGUUGCCCAGGGCAGAAGGAGAUGGAGUGGAAGCUGAAGAGGAGACGGUUGAGGACUUGAAGACUUCACUCAUCAUCCCAGAGGAGUUUGAAGACAGAGAAGAGAUGGUUGCUUUCUUGACGUCUUCCGUGUCCCAAGUGGAGAAGGAGCGGGAGGAGAUGAGGCAGCAGCUGACUGAGCAGAAGAGGCAGUGCAAAGGCCUCCUGCAGCAGAUAGCCACUCUGAGGCAAGAGCAGCAGCUGCAUGUUGCAUCAGGAGCAGGUUCUGUUGCAGAUUCUGUUCCAGUAGAGGUUCACGAAGCCUUAAAGAAUGCGAUGGAGAAGCUGCAGUCCCGUUUCACAGAGUUGAUGCGUGAGAAGGCAGAGCUGAAGGACCGAGUGGAUGAGCUGGAACAUCGUUGCAUUCAGUUAUCUGGAGAAACAGACACCAUAGGGGAAUACAUUGCCUUGUACCAGAGUCAAAGGGCUAUUCUAAAGCAGCGCCACCGGGAGAAAGAGGAGUACAUCAGCAGGCUGGCUCAGGACAAGGAGGAGAUGAAGGUGAAGCUACUGGAGCUCCAAGAGCUGGUGAUGCGAUUGGUCGGCGAGAGGAACGAAUGGUACACAAAGUACAUGACGGUAGCUCAGAACCUGGAGUUGAAACCUGGCCCAGGGAGCGAUGCUGAGGUCACGCUGGAGAGACGUCUCGAGCUGGAUGCUCCAGAUGUUGAAGGGUUGCGGGAAGUGAGUCUGACAGAUGAGCCAGAGCAGGAGUCGGCAGUCCCUUCAUCCCGUCCGUUCCAGGCUGGUGACCAAGGCCCCCCCCUGCCCGCUCCUCAUGACCCCACUGCCAAGCAGAUCCUGCAGCUUCUGCGUGAAAUCCAGAACCCCCGAGAGAGGCUGGGCUCCCUCUUGGAGAACCCCUGCAUCCCUUUCUUCUACCGGGCCGACGAGAAUGACGAAGUCAAGAUCAUGGUGGUUUAAUUCGCCUCCUAACCUCGGCCCAGAGCUUGCCAAGACACCAAGCAUCCUGGCUUUUCUGCCCUGCCCACCUCUGCCAAUGACAGGCAUCAUGCGUUGUUCCAUCCCUAAUGGAUCGUGUGCUGCUGGCAUGGGAAGUCCAGGAGGGCACUUGGAUUUCCUGGCUUCUGUUUCUGGCAAGCCAGCCUUUCUCUUGGCCAGUGACUCUGUUCCACAUGUCGGUCGCGAUAGCCAUAUGCCCAUCAUCACCCCACUAAUUUAUUCUGCAUCUGGAUGGUUUGGAUUUGGAUCGACUGCUGGUUUCUCAACAUGGGGCUUGGCUCCUUCCACUUUACUGCAUCGGUUGUGUCAGCCACCUGCCUCUGGUUCUCCCUAUCCCAGGUUGAUCAGCUGACUUUCUAGACAAGCUCCACAAAAUGUUUUUGUUUCGUUCUGAUUAAAACAGGCGGGGCAGUUUGACGGACAGCCUUCCCCACUGACCUCUUUCGGGGCGGGGGGCUUUGGAUUAGUGGGUGUGCAUUAAUUUGUAGGGGGCAUGCUGUGAAAACAGGGCCUGCAUUUUCAGAGGCUACAUACUUUGCUGUCCUUUUGUUAGAUUUAAUUUAUUUAUUUUUAAAUAUGGGGAAACCUAGCAAAAAGCAAAUCACUGAGUUUUUAAAAAUUGACUUUUGUGAUAACUUCUGGGAUUUCAGCUACCCCUCUCUGGAUCUUCUUUUGGCCUUCAUGGGCAGUGGUUAUGCUGAAAUUGAGAUUGGAGUCUUUAGGGUAAUUGUUGUUCCUGUUAGACUUUGGUAUAAGACUAGGCAGAGUACCUCUGCGUAGGAGCAUGAAGGGACGUGUCACGUGUACAGUUGCUGUUCAGUGGAAAAGGCACCACGAGUGUGUGCAUGUGGGAGGGCCAGACUCAAGAACAUGACCCAAGGAUAACCAGAAUCCUCUAGAGGAGGCCAGCUGUAAGAGAUGGGUACUAUCUCUGUACAUUUGCACAUAGGCAGUAAAAGUGGUGGACCAGUGAUGUGACUGUCACGGUGGUUCUGCCUGGAGGGAAAGGUGUAAGACAGAUGAUGCUGGUGCUUCGCUCUUCCCUCUAAAGUGUUCUGCUGAUUGCUGAUGUGAUUUGAUUCUUCCAUUUUGAUCAGAGCUUUUCCUCCCAUCCAUCUAGAGCCAAAAAGCACACGGGGAAGUUUCUUUAAAAAUAUAUCUCUUCCUCCCCAUCCCUGGUCCAGUCUUCUAGCAGUCAGAUGAAGACUAAAUCACUGCAUUCUUCCAGGCUCUGGAGAGUUUGAAUGUCUCUGGCUGUCCCUCAGAUGGGGAACAGAGGAGAGACAUUAAUGGAAUGGACGCAGCCCUGAUCUUGACAGUGUUACUGCUCAGUGCGUUGUGUUGGGGCAACAGCAAAGCAGGCCUGCAAGCUCCCAUUUGCACGAGUUAGCGUGUACAUAGUGUAUCUGUGUAACAUUUUGUAUAUAUCUUGAAUAAAGAGAAGAAAAACCCUUCGGCAGCGUUUCUGGUUGCUGGAAGGUUGCUCAUAAUCUUGUAUUAUAAAAAUGAUCUAACUUCAACCAGUGGGGUGGGGGCAGGAAUGUGAUUUAAUAUGAAACAUUAUUAAAUAUUUAUUGGGUGUCUGGUUUCCAGGAAUGUGAAAGGAAAAAAAAAAGAUUAUUAGAGAAAUCUUGCAUUCUACUGCAGAAAUAAUUUAAUCCUGUUAUAAAUUUGUUCUUUCUGAAUAAACCUGUUCCACCGAGCA